CUCAACACAAUCCGGAGACGGCAAAGUUACGUCUCGUUGACCCGUGUGUAGUUACAAUUAUUAAGUGAAAGUGGUUAAUGUUAACGGUAUGCAUUCCUUGCUGAAGAAAUGUUUCCCCUCUGGUACGGCCGCUCAUGGCCUCCACCAGUUUCGCAACAUUGCCACCAAACCGCGCACGGCUGUGGUUAUGCUCAACAUGGGAGGGCCACAAAACACGGACCAGGUGCAUGAUUAUCUGCAUCGCAUUAUGACCGAUCGCGAUAUGAUACAGCUACCGGUACAGAGCAAACUUGGCCCUUGGAUUGCGAAACGUCGUACACCGGAGGUACAGAAAAAGUAUUCCGAAAUUGGCGGGGGUUCACCAAUUUUGAAGUGGACUAAUCUGCAGGGUGAGCUGAUGUGUAAGCAACUGGACAAACUAUCGCCAGAAACGGCACCGCACAAGCAUUAUGUAGCAUUUCGAUACGUAAACCCACUAACGGAGGAUACGUUCCGCGAGGUGGAGCGUGACCAGCCCGAGCGGGUGGUACUGUUUUCGCAGUAUCCACAGUACAGCUGUGCAACGUCCGGAUCCAGCUUUAAUGCAAUCUUCUCACACUUUAAGGAAAAUUCACUUAACGGAUUACAGAAGGCACGCUGGAGCGUUAUCGACCGGUGGGGGACCCAUCCCCUACUCGCGAAAACGUUUGCCGACAACAUUCGCAAAGAGUUGGACAAGUUUCCUGCUGAUAAGCGAAAGGACGUGGUGUUGCUUUUCUCAGCCCACUCGCUACCGCUUCGUGCGGUUAGUCGAGGGGAUGCGUAUCCUUCGGAAGUGGGUGCCACAGUUCAGAACGUUAUGGAAGAGCUUGGGUGGUCGCAACCGUAUUGUCUGGUGUGGCAAUCGAAGGUUGGCCCACUGCCCUGGUUGGAGCCUUUUACCGAGGAUGCCAUCAAGGGCUAUGUGAAGCAGGGCAGGAAAAAUUUUAUCCUCGUACCGAUCGCGUUUGUUAACGAACACAUCGAAACGCUGCAUGAGCUGGACAUUGAGUACUGCCAGGAGCUGGCACAUGAGGUCGGAGCAGAGAAGAUUGGCCGUGCAGCCGCUCCAAACGAUCACCCACUGUUUAUAGACGCGCUCACGGACGUAGUACGGCACCAUUUAUUAAACGGAUCGACCGUUGGGCCAAAGUUCCUUCUCCGCUGCCCGGCGUGCGUUAAUCAGAAGUGUUCGGUAAGCAAGCAGUGGUUUAAAGAAUUGUGCAAUUAAAGUGGCAAAGCAUUUCGGUAGAUGAU